UCUCUAACUUGAGGACAAAGAUUGUCUUUCGAAGAGCAAAGUCAGAAAUAAAGACAUCACACACACACACACACACACACACACAUAUAUAUAUCAAAGUUUGACUACUCUUCCAGUAAAAGGGAAAAAGGAUGGGAGCUGAACUGUCUGCCAUGCAACGUGCACAAGCCAAUGGACAAAUGUCCACGAAGGCUUCAUCAGUGAGAGUCUCCCAACCUCAGGUUCUUGCCUUCCAUUCCUCUGCCAGAUGGAGGGCUCAUUUUGAGGCCUCCAAAACAACCGCCAAACUGAUGGUUAUUGACUUCACGGCAUCAUGGUGUGUGCCUUGUCGCUUCAUGGAACCGACCAUUAACGAGUUUGCUGCCAAAUAUACGGACGUUGAGUUCAUCAAGAUAGACGUGGAUGAGUUGAUGGAUGUGGCUCAGGAAUUUGGGGUACAGGCAAUGCCAACAUGUAUACUGAUAAAGAAAGGGAGAAUAGUUGAUAAGGUCACUGGGGUCAGAAAGGAAGAGCUUCAGAAGAAGAUUGAGAAACACAGGGCCUACUAUAACUAUGCCUAGUUGCAUUAUAUAUGAUGCUUUGGGCCAAAAAAAAUUAAUAAUAAUAACAAAUAAUUAAAUAAUAAAAAACAUCUCAUAAACACAUUUGUGCGACCCACACAAAUGUCUGAUCUCAGAUGUUGUUAUCACAAAACCACCAACCACACUCAAUAAUUGUUCAUGAAUAAAGUUGACGUCUCUCCUUUAUUAUGUUAUCUACUACUAAUCUCGUUCUCUCCCCUUCUCGUUAUUAUAAUAAAGAGGAAAUUUCGUGAGACAAGAGGGUAGGCUUUGUGGUUAAGAGUCCUCUCUACCAGACAUCUGGUUUUGGAAAGAAAAAAAAAA